AUGUGUAUGUAUGUCUAUAAAUUAGCAUUCGCUGUAUCAGCUGAUUGUGAAGCUCCUGCUGUUAUUUGUCCUAUUAAAAUCUGCCAGCCAGCAGAUACAGCAGAUAGAGCAGAUACAGCAGAUACAGCAGAUACAGCAGAUACAGCAGAUACAGCAGAUUCAGCAGAUACAGCAGAUACAGCAGAUACAGCAGAUUCAGCUGAUACAGCAGCCGGCACGUCAAACAGCUGGCUGACCUCAUUCAUGCAGACCUUGAGACCUGAGGAAAUGUCUUCAUCUACACGUCACGGUCGCUUGCACAAUGUUGCAUCCUGGGUAUCUGGGCUGAUACUACGUCAGACACUAAGGCGGGGAGGGGAAACAACAGAUGGGGGCCCCACUAGAGGCAGGUUACCUCAGGGGGCCCCACUAGAGGCAGGUGUACACCAGGGGGCCCCACUAGAGGCAGGUGUACACCAGGGGAGCCCACUAGAGGCAGGUGUACACCAGGGGGCCCCACUAGAGGCAGGUGUACACCAGGGGGCCCCACUAGAGGCAGGUGUACACCAGGGGGCCCCACUAGAGGCAGGUGUACACCAGGGGCCCCACUAG